AUGCCGGCCAAGCUCUCAAUCCUGGUGUUCGUCGCCUCACCACUAGACUACGCGCGGUACAGGCAUGCAGCGCUGUACUUGGACUUCGAUAAUACACACACAAACACUGAAACCGAGUCCAAUUCCAAGUCCAAUUCGAAUUCCAACAAUACAAGUACAACGACAGAAAACGAAGACGAUAUCAAAUCCUCGGUGAUGGAGGUGGUCGGAUCACCGGGUUAUUUCAGCUUUCAUGAGCGCGUCAACACGAGUUUACCCGUUGCGGCGACUGGUCUAGCCAAAGCCGUGUUCGUAUCUUCCAUACCAGACACGGUUCCCGUAUCGUCACUGCGGGCGAUAAUAUCAGGGACACCAGUCGCUGAUCAAGAAAGUGAUUGGAACAGUCAGAAUUGGGUCGGUGAUGCACUGGGACGAUUGGUUACGGCUGGGUAUUUGGAUGCCGCAGAUAAAGAUCGUGGGUUGGAUGAUAUGGUGGAUGUUAUACUAGAGGCGAAGGAUGAGGAAAUUGCAUAG